AUGCUUGCUGCACAAACCCCUCCAAUGAGUUACUAAUGAAUAAAAUAAAGCCUACAGAACCAGAUUCUCCACAACAUCCUCGUCUGUUCUGCCCUGAUAGUUGGGUGACACGAAGAAUUCCUGAUAUGCCGAGGGCAACUUGGUUUGUAAAUUACACACGUGCUUAAAGUGAAAAUACUGAUAACAGACAUCGUAAAAGACAUCACCUUAAUCCAAAGGCGGAAGAAAGGGAGAUGAUUACUUUUACAAGGGAGAAGCUCACAGCGUAUUCAGUAGCAUGAUGUCUUCAGCCCAUGACUGGGCCAUUCUACAGGCCAUCUUCAACCCUACCACACCUUUUGGAGACAUUCCUGGUUUAAACCAAGAGGAAGAGAUCACAGAUGAUGACAGUUGCUUCGACCCAGAUCUGCUGAGGAAGGUUAAGGAUCUGGAGCUGAAGGGCGUUUCUUCAGCCGAGUCCGGCCAGGUGGAGGCGGCCCUUGGCCACUUCGACCAGGCCGUCCAGCUGCUGCCCUCCAGAGCUUCGGCAUACAACAACCGUGCUCAGGCCAGGCGUCUGCAGGGUGAUACCAGUGGUGCCAUCGAGGACCUGGAGCGUGCCAUCUCCCUGAGCCAGGGCGUGGGGCGCUCGGCGUGCCAGGCGCUGGUACAGCGUGGCCUACUUCUGCGGCUGGCGCAGCGGGGCGACGAGGCCCGGGCAGACUUUGAGCGGGCGGCAGCGCUGGGCAGCGAGUUUGCCCGUCGGCAGGCAGUGAUGCUCAACCCCUACGCCGCCCUGUGCAACCGCAUGCUCGCCGAAGUCGUCGACAAACUGCGCAACCCCGCCGAGCCUGAGAUGCCGUAAAGAUGCCACAUCAGAUCCGUGUACUGUUACUCUGAACUCAGUCGGUAUAUAUUAAUACUUUUCUAUUAAGUAUAUGCAGACUGUUAAACUAUUCUUGCCCAUUGCAAAUCGGUAUAUUUGGCAUAGAUUGCUACAACUGUGUUGUAAUCUAGAGUAUUAUCAUAUUUCCAGUUUGCAUAAAAAAUUGUAUCAAAGCAUA